CUGGCACGAGUCGGCAGGAAGUCCACCUGCCGACUGAUGCCAGGUCAGCAAUACCCUAUCUUCGUUUGCGGCUGUGAUAUCGCCUCGCAAAAACGCGUGCUGCCGCUCGCUCCACUGCGUGCAAGGACAAUCGUCCUUUGCUGGUUACAGCACAGUAGCUUCUUGUUCGCUUCAGAGAGUUUCAAGCAGUGAAGCGGACGAGUGACCGUCAGUGGCUCUCCCAGGGCCUCCAGCUACUGUAAUAGUGGACUUCUUGAUGAGUCUCCGCGUCCCUCUUGACAUUGACUGCACGAACAUCCCGAGGAAUGGAGUUAUGCUCACUCGGAUUUAUAACUCUUUUCAACAACACGACUUUACGCAAGCUUUGGACAAUCCACUGACUGACAGUCCAUUUUGUGGGUAACAGUCUGUCCUGACCGACGCACCUUAUUCUGACGGACAGUCUCAUUUCCCGACUGGCAGUCCCAUUCCCCGACCGACAAUUCAUUUUCUGACAGACUGACUGACAGUCGAUUCCGUGACUGACAGUCCACUCCCAGAGCUCAGUCUUCCGGCUCCAUUUUCAGAAAUCAGUUCUCGUUCUUCUACUUUGUGAUCCGCCUUAUGUACAUCUCUUUCGCGUUCUGAGGCGCCUCGAAACGCGUACAUUUCAUCGUAGUCGCUCCUCCUGCUACGAGCGACGCUACGAGGCGAUAAGUAUAUGAGAGCGAGCGACAGACUAUGGUCUGAUUUCGUGAGUGCGACAGAAUGUGCCAUCUCAUGACAGCCUCUGGCAUAUAUAUAUGAGAUCGACUGACGUUGACCUUAUUUUACGACAUUCUAUGACCCGAUUUCAUGAGAGCGACAGCAUGUGACCUAAUUUCGUUAGACGACCUCGAAAUGCGGUGUGGUGUCAGAUUAUGAGUGGCUCUCAGUGCUGUCGUAAGAGUCUUACGCUGCUGGAACCGGUCAGACUGCUAGCCGCUAGCAUCUCAAGUGUUACACUUGACGAAAUCGAUUAAUGCUCAAUAGCUCGAAUUUGGAGAUUCUCGAGUUUAUUCACCGUAUAAGCUCCCAAUCGAGUUAAUCUCCUCUUCUUGAGGAGAAAACGAGCUACUAAUGACAGGAAAAGAGGUGGAGAGGGAAAAGAGUCGUGAGAGGGGGGGUGAGGGAGAACGACAGGAGAGGAAGAAGGGAAGGGGAAGAGAGAAAGGGAAGAGCAAUGCGAAGGACAGGAGGGACGAGUGCAGAGGAAGGACCAGAAGCGGGAAAGGAGCAUCAAUAACCCCAUCUGAUGGGGAGGGAUCAGGACUCACGGAUCACCAUAGCCGUCAAGAGCAUCAGCAUGAGCACAACUGUAACGACCUUGAUGGUAACCUUAACGAGCUUGAGGGUAAUGUUAACCACCUUGAUGGUAACCCUAACCAUCAUGAUAACGGCCAAUGCCAGGAUGAGCGGGUGCUGCUUCUUCAGCAGCAGCAGCAGCAGCAGCAGCAGCAGCAGCAGCAGCAGCAGCAGAAGCAGCAGCAUCAGCUGCCACUGACUUCAGAAUUCUCAUCCAUGGAGUGGCAUGCGUUGAUGACUCAGGCAUCACCGUCAGCAGCUGACGGAUGGCAUGGGAUGCUGACGUCAGCAGCAUCAGCACCCAUCAUCGAGAGAUGGCAUUCCCUCAUCCGACGCCGUGAGCUGCCGAAGGGCUCGGCACCUUUCAUCAUCCUGGGCGCGUGUCUCUUGCUGGUGCUCGUUCUCUGGUUUGACAUCUUCUCACUCUUCCAAGCCGGCGACGAGCAGGCGCUUAUCCGUGUGCCAGCUCCUGUGACGCUCCCAGGCUCACUACCACCAUCACGAGGAGUGGAUACAACAGCAGCAGGUGCUAGCAGCAGCAGCAGUGACGGCAGUGAUAGCAGCAGCAGCAGCAGCGAUGAUAGCAGCAGCACGGCCAGGUGGCAGCAGCAUGCGUUCAGGCACGUGGGGCUCGUGUCCUUCGCUCAGUUCUCCGCAUAUCGAAUCGCCGCCAACCAGUUUGCUGUCGUGGGGCUGGCGGCUCGCGCCCUGGACAAAGAGAGAAAGGUCGGCGAAUGCAUGUGGGAGACGGAGAAACCAGAGGGGCGGGGGCUGGGAGAGUUGGAGAGGGGUGAGGAAAUAAGAAGAGAGGAAAGCAGAGGUGCCGCGUCAGAGGGUGGGAGAAACAGUGGGAGGAGGAGGGUGAUGGUUAAGGAUAGUGUGGGAGGAGGAAGGGAGCAGAGACAUAGAGGAGGGGCGACGAAUUAUGUGAGGCACAGAGGUGGAACGAGGGAUUAUGAGAGGAGAAAAGUGCUGAGGACGGAGGAGAGGGGGGGGGCGGAGAGGAGGGGGGAGGAGAGGUGGGAGGAGGAGAGAAGAGGGGAGAGGAGUUUGAAAGAGGUGGAGGUGGAUGAGAGGGGGUGGGUACAUGGCAAGGUGGAGGCGCUACACGUGGGGGAACACCAUUCGCUGAAAUAUGCCGGGCUGGUUCUGCUGUGCACGCUCAAGAGGGAGGCAUACAUGGCAGAUGGAGGCAGGCUGCACAUGAGCAUAGAGGGCGAGGACGUGGUGGUGUAUGAGGAGCAGGUUGGGGAGGUGGUCAGUGCCGUGGCCCAUCCUCCCUUCCUCUACAACGUCACGCACUGCUCCCCGCCCAUUCACGGUCAGGUGAACGCGGAGCGCAUCUACCAAUGGAUGGAUGUGCACAUACGGAUGGGUGUGGACCACUAUGCCAUGUACGAUGUGGGCGGGGUGGACGACCACCUGCGGACUUUGAUUCAGCCGCUCGUAGAUGGAGGGAUCACGGAGACCACAAAUUUCCGUGAUGUGGUGAACUAUGAGUCAUGGUACCAUGGGCAGGUCAUGAUACUCAAUGACUGUGUGUAUCGAUUCCGCUGCCUCUCCAAGUGGCUCAUGUUCCUUGACUACGACGAGUACAUGUUUAUUAAUGGGCAGGAGCGCAUGCCCACCCCUCUGAGCGUGCAUCACUUCCUCAUGCCCUAUGAGGGCAUGCCCUAUGUCAGCCAUGGGAGCGUCUGGUGGGACCACGAGCACUGCCUGCCCUCUGAAGGACCUCAAGACCCCCGCUGGCCACUGGAGCGCAUGCUGUGGCACUGGCCAGUUGUCUACUGCCAGGGGAAGGACAACAGCACGGACCCCAAGAUGUGCCUCGACUACUAUGGGCACCGCAAGCUGUUUGUCGAUCCAAGGAAGGUGCGAGUGGUGGAGAACCACGUGGUUCAGGACCCCAAUUCGGGCGGCAAGGACCUCUCGACUGACAUCCUCAUGCACCACCACUUCCAUGGCAUAAUAAAACGGGACAUCAACGAGUGCACCCAGACACUGCUAGUAGCCGACCCAGUGAAGUACUUUCACCACUCGACAGUGGAGGCAUGCAGAAUGCACUAUGUGCGCACACAUCCCCUCGAUGUAACGUUUCUUCUUGCCGCUCACAAGGUGAGAGGAGAGGAGAGGAGCGGUACAUGCUUAGGAUUUACAUGCAUACGAUGUUUAUCGUGCAUCAUUAGGCUGUGCUGAUUCGGUGUGAUGUUUCUCUGCCUAAUGUGGCCUCUUCCUUCGCGUGAGCUGUUGCUAUGCAGUGGUGGAGAGAAUACGUGUACAGGACGCAACAUGGCAUGUGAUGGUCAAGGGUAAUAACUGCCUAGCUUUUCUAGGUCUGGAAAAUUGCGUGUCAUUUUCCAGUAAUAACACAUAAUUUGACCAUCAAAGAAACUUGCAUGGUUGUCGUCAACAGUGAGCAGAAUCUCCGCAUACAUUCUACAAUGUGAUCAGCACGAGCCGUCCUGAGCGGAGACCUGUGCGGUUUCCGUGUUCCAGAGCGUUUUUCCAACAUCCAAAAGGCGUGUUGCGAACAGGGCUUACGCUAGGGCCCAGGGAGUUUCGGAAGGUGCUGAGUUAUGAUCCAAUCAUACCCAAAAUUUUCCGGAAUCCAAGGGGUUUUCACUCGGAAUCCUUACAAGUUUUCCGAGCGGUAACUCUGCCUAAGCGGAAGGGAUUUUCUGCCUUCUAGUCUAAUGUUUAGGGCGCAGAUGACGGAGCAAUUGAAAAGAAAGCUAAGUCCCAAACCCGAAAUCAACCUUGAUGUUCGUGACGGAGAUUUUUUCUCCACGCAGUGGCGGAGGGAUUUUCUCCUUGCUGAACGCCAUGCUGCGAGACUAGUCCGUCAGGUUUCAUGAAAACCUGUCACGGAAUGCAUCCGAAUUUCAAGGCUCAUUGAUUCGGCCAGAUUCAGAGAUUCGGCAGAACCCAGCCUGUUAAAAUCCAGGUUCAGGGUCUAGACAACUCUUAAUUUCUUGACACUUAGGGUAGCUUUGUUCACAAACUCCGUUUUUUCUGCCCUCUUGGUCUGUCUCCAGGAGGAACAAAAGGUUGGAGACUACAAUGCCCCACGAAACCCAUGUGAAGUUAGAAUUUAUAACUAACGACGGCUAUUCGCCUGCACGAAAAACACCUUGGCCCCUUCGCAACUUCGUGCUGGCCGGGCUGGCCCCUUCGUAACUUCGUUGAGAUUGGCGAAACGCGUUUACACUUUUCGUGCUGAGUUGUUCUGGUACGUGGACAACGAGCAGUCAAAUGUUUUCCAACAUGCGUGAAGAUGUUUGCGCAAAACAUUUGGCCCGAAUCCACGCUUUUUAAUGCGCAUAUCUCGUGCAUACGAUUGGCCUAAACUUACAGGCGGGGGGAAAAAAAGGGGGGGAAAAAAAAAACAAGAGGCUACGAGAUGGUCUUAGGGUUGCGGUGUGUUAAAAUUAUAUAAGUUAUAAUUUAUAUAGGCUUGGUAGGUUGUUACUGAACCUUUUCUGUAGAGGGUACAAACCCCUCCUUGUACUCCUCUCUUCCUAAUCCAACCCCCUUUUCUUCUCCUCAACUUUCCUAGCACCUAAAACCUCUCGCCAUUCUCAUGGCUCCUCCUAGCUCCUAGCUAAACCUUGUGCCAUUCUAUGGCUUCCUAGCUAAGCUAGUCCUUUGACAUGGUAUUAGAGCAACGACGGCUGACUCCCGCCGGCCGUCCCACCGUCGCGGGGCCAGGCCACGUCACCGAGAGGUGCGGGUGCCGCCGCCGCUGCCGCUGUUGUCGAAGCCGCCGCCGCCGCCGCUGUCGCCGCUUGCGUCGGGGCCACGCAGCCGCACGCCGCCGCCGCCGCCGCUGCCGACACUGCCGCCGCUGCCGCCGUCGCCGCCGCAGCCCCUGCGGUCGACGUCGCCGCCUCACGCGCCGUGGGGUCGACCGACCUAGAGUCGCUGUCAUUGUGGCUGGAAUGGGGGUGCUAGGUUAGGGGGUGUGGGUGUGUGACUACCAAGCCUAGGGGGUGUGUGUUAAAAUUAUAUAAGUUAUAAUUUAUAUAGGCUUGGUAGGUUGUUACUGAACCUUUUCUGUAGAGGGUACAAACCCCUCCUUGUACUCCUCUCUUCCUAAUCCAACCCCCUUUUCUUCUCCUCAACUUUCCUAGCACCUAAAACCUCUCGCCAUUCUCAUGGCUCCUCCUAGCUCCUAGCUAAACCUUGUGCCAUUCUAUGGCUUCCUAGCUAAGCUAGUCCUUUGACAUGCGGAGCAUUUCAUGAUGAGACUUUAUUAUACAUAAAAUGUUUUAUUUCCA